AUGCCAGCGAUCUGGCGGCCGAACGUGAGUGGGCCGCUCCCGGAUGUGGACGUUGAGGUGGGGGUGGCGGAGGACGCGUCGAGCAAGGGGACGAAGCGGAAGAGGGCCCCUUACACGAAGGGGCCAUGCGAGCACGGGGUGAAGCCCCGGUCGAGAUGCAAGGUAUGCAGCGGUUGUCCGCACGGGAAGUGGCGCUCUAAGUGCAAGGAGUGCGGUGGGGGCUCAUUCUGCGAGCACGGUCGUCACCGCCAAUACUGCAAGGAGUGCGGUGGGGGCUCAAUCUGCGAGCACGGUCGUCGGCGCUCUGAGUGCAAGGAGUGCGGUGGGUCUCAAAUCUGCGAGCACGGUCGUCAGCGCUCUCGGUGCAAGGAGUGCGGCGGGGCCUCAAUCUGCGUGCACGAUCGUCAGCGCUCUCGGUGCAAGGAGUGCGGUGGGUCUGGAAUCUGCGAGCACGGUCGUCGUCGCUCUCAGUGCAAGGAGUGCGGUGGGUCUGGAAUCUGCGAGCACGGUCGUCACCGCUAUAGAUGCAAGGAGUGCGGUGGGUCUGGAAUCUGCGAGCACGGUCGUGAGCGCUCUCGGUGCAAGGAGUGCGGUGGGGGCUCAAUCUGCGAGCACGGUCGUGUACGCUCUCAGUGCAAGGAGUGCGGCGGGUCUCAAAUCUGCGAGCACGGCCGUCAGCGCUCUAAGUGCAAGGAGUGCGGCGGGUCUCAAAUCUGCGCACACGGCCGUCAGCGCUCUCAGUGCAAGGAGUGCGGUGGGUCUGGAAUCUGCGAGCACGGUCGUCAGCGCAACAGAUGCAAGGAGUGUCGCGCCGCGCAUUAA